GCUCUCUUCGCUGAAUUAAAUCAUCUGACGCGCGCGCUGUCUCCCCACUCGGGUGGAAUGUGCGCGCGGUUCUCGCCGGUUAACCGAGCAGCGGCAGCAGCAGUAGCAGCGGCAGUGGAACUGAGGCAGAGGCUGCUUGAGGACUGAAUGUCGCACUGACUUCUGAGAGGACUCGCAGCCGAGACGGGGAAGAGGACAGAGAGGCUGUUAGGAUGGCUUCAAACUUCAACGAUAUAGUGAAGCAGGGCUACGUGAGGAUUCGGAGUAAGAAACUGGGGAUCUUCAGAAGAUGCUGGCUUGUAUUCAAGAAGGCGUCCAGUAAAGGACCACGCCGAUUGGAAAAAUAUCCAGAUGAAAAAGCAGCUUACUUCAGAAGCUUUCACAAGAUAACUGAGCUCCACAACAUUAAGAACAUUACUCGAAUGCCACGAGAGACCAAGAAACACGCAGUGGCAAUUAUUUUCUGUGAUGAGACGUCAAAGACAUUUGCCUGUGAGUCAGAGCUGGAGGCCGAGGAGUGGUGGAAGUUACUGUGUUUGGAGUGUCUGGGCAGCAGACUUAAUGACAUCAGCCUGGGAGAACCGGACUUGUUAGCAGCAGGGGUGCAGAGGGAACAGAACGAAAGAUUUAAUGUUUACUUGAUGCCGACCCCAAACCUGGAUAUCUAUGGAGAGUGCACGAUGCAGAUCACCCACGAGAACAUCUACCUUUGGGACAUCCAUAAUGCCAGAGUCAAGCUGGUCAUGUGGCCGCUCAACUCCCUGAGGAGAUACGGCAGAGACUCGACCUGGUUCACAUUUGAGUCUGGAAGGAUGUGUGAUACAGGGGAGGGUUUGUUCACGUUCCAGACCAGAGAAGGCGAGAUGAUCUAUCAGAGAGUUCACUCUGCCACAUUGUCCAUCGCUGAGCAACAUGAACGCAUGAUGAUGGAGAUGGAAAAGAGCUCCCAGACUCUUCCAAACGAGAGCACAUUAACAAAGUCGAUAUCUCUCCCGCGAAGCGCUUACUGGCACCACAUCACGCGUCAGAACAGCGUGGGAGACAUCUGCAAUUACCAAGGUACGAGUUUGACUAUGACGCUCAUUCCACGAGCGCAGACGUUUCAAAGCUUCUUUUCCGAGCAGACGGAGGAGGAACGGAAGCAGGAGGAGCAAGCGACGGCGGCCUCUAGCGGCUGCGACAGGGACUGCAGCAGCUCGCCGCUCCGCUGAUGAAAAGCCACGACUCACGGACAUUCCAAAGCUUUAGCAAGCUCAUAAUAGACACAUGUACAGUAUGAACUCUCUCUCUAUAUGUAUGUAUAUGUAUGACUUAAUAAUUAUUUGUAGAACAGUGUGUAUACUAAAAACUCUAGGAGCCUCUUUUUGUACGUCGAAAAGAAAAGGGAAAAAAAAUGGCAAAAAGUUGUAAAAUAAUCUUUAUUUUCCUUGUGUGGUUUAAGACAAAUGGACUUUCUGGAGUUAUUUUUCAGAUUUACUGUACAUAUGAAUGCGCUGCAGCGCUGAACACCACAAGUUUCCUGCAUUUUUGUCUGUCGUUGUGACGCACUUAGAUUCUGUCAAACAAGAGUCUAUCUGUUUGUGAUUUAGCACCCUGCACUUUUACAUUAGAGCUUGUUUUGCACUUUUGUCAUUUGCUUUGGGUUUUAAUAUGUGCAGCCAUGUUGUCUGUAGAUACAAGCAGUGUGGGAAAUGGGGAAAAAUGUACACUUUUAAAGGAAUAGUUCACCCAAAAAUGGAUUUUCUGUUCACUUUCCAAACUGGUAUGACUUGCUUGUUUAAAUAAUUAACAAAUCCCAGAUAUUUUCAAUGAAUCAGUGGAUCUAGUUCACAAAAACAGUCUGAAUGAUUAAUUUACUUCUAGGCCCAAGUAUGUUCAGAAGUUCCAUUGAACUCUAUUGGUAAUGAUGCGACUAUAGUUGCUUUGGGAAACACAUCCCAGGAUGUCUGAAAUAUGAAAAGCAAUUUUAUUAGAAUUUUUGGACGAACUAUUCCAACUCAUCUUUCCCCCCUUAUAUUAUAUGAAACUAAUUUCUGAAAUGUGUCUACACACUGGACGAGAGGUUCGGUUAUCCUGAAUCUUCUCACUCUGCAGAAGAAGUGCCUUCAGACUCUUCUAGCCCGAGACUCUGGCUAGAACGCUGAUUAAAUUAGCAUCCUGCUAGUCAUCCAACAUGUUUAUAACUGAAUUACGUUUAUACGUUGACACUGCAUUUGUCUAAAAGCAGAACAAAAUAUCUAUUCUCUCCCUGCAGGGAAAUCCUUUUCCAAUAACUCUACUGAAUGGGUCCUAAAGGUUCAUAUGACGGUGGAUGAUAGAAGUGUGCACAGAAACAAUAACGCAUUCGGUGCGACAAUCAAUUCAGAUGUACUCUACCAUGAAGUACCUUUAAAUGACUGUUGAUGUUUGGUCUAAUUGUGCUAGAAAAACCUGUUACAACCUGAAUAACACCACAAAUGAUCAUGUCAUGACUCAUGAUGGGGAGCUAAAGGUUUGAGAAGCGCAUGAAGACCCCCCUCCAUUUUUUCCCAUCUGUAAUUAUUUACUCAGAAUUCAUUCUAGUCAGCGUUUAGUAGCACUUGAAUGUGAAUUAACCUGCUUUAUUGCAGUGUGCAUUGUUCUUCAUUAAAAAUGUCUUUAAAAAGGGAAUGCCCUUUUCUAAAACACUGUUUUAAUCCAUGGUAAUCCAAAGUUUCGAACAUUACUUGUAAAUUCCCUUUGGAGCUUUUUCAGGAAUCGUUUCUUGUAUAAUGUCUUUCUGGGUUAUGUUUAGGCAUUUACACAGGUUUCAGUUUGCGCGUGUACGCUUAUUUGUAAUUGUAUGUUGUUUUUUUAAAUCCAGGUUUUAUUUUAUGGCAUUAAGUAGAAUUUUGUCCUGUGUGGAUAUGUCAAUGUUUACUGAGUAAAAUAAACUGAAUGGACU